UAUAACCAAAUUAAUCAUUUUAAACCUUACCAUAUAUCACAACUUGGGAUGUUACAGUUUAAUUCUGGUUUCUGCUUCAGUUUUUUAGUUUGGUGCCAGUUCUGUUAGAUAAUAUGCCAAUGCCUAGCUUGAACUUGAAGUGUAAACUUUUGCUAAAAUUUCUGUAUUUUAACUUUACAGAACUGGGACCAUAUCUGUGAUGGAGAAGUAGGUAAAGAAUCUAAUAAAUAAUGGAGUAAAGUAGGCCUAGAGUAAAGGUAAAGAGCAAGCAAAGGCCCAACCAAUAAGUGUAACCAAAAAAAUAAAAUAAAAUAAAAAGAGAGAGAGAGAGAAAGAAACCGUCGGAAUCGAACUUUGCUCCACGGCCUUGCAAUUUCCCUUUUUUUUUUGACUUUUUCCGCAUUAUUCUUUGCUUUGACUUCUCAGUCUUCUUUUUAUGUGAUCACCUCCUCACCUCUGCCUCUUGAUCUCAAUCUCAAUCCACAGCUUCUCCAUCUUCAUCUUCAUCAUCAUCCACAAUGUCUAGUUUCAGUUAUGCUUCUGCUUUCACCUUAUCCGAAAAGUCUCCUCCUUUCAGUCCCGCCAUUGCUUCUUCCUCUUCUUCCUCUGCCUUCGAUGAUGAUGAUACCGACGACGCUUGCAGCAUCUGCCUCGAGUCUUUCACUCCCCAGGACCCUGCCACUGUUACAAGUUGCAAGCAUGAGUAUCACCUUCAGUGCAUCAUUGAAUGGUCUCAGAGAAGCAAAGAGUGUCCUAUUUGCUGGCAAUUCUUUGUCCUCAAAGAUCCUCUCAGCCAAGAGCUUUUGGCUGCUGUGGAUAAGGAAAGGCUGAUCCAAACCACCAAGAUGAGAUCUCCAUCCUCUCCAAGAAGUUCCAUUCCUCACUCCAAUGAGGAGGACUUUCACUCAGAGGAGGAGGAGAGCAGCUUUGAUGAACAAUUCCUUAGGCAUCUCACUGAAGCUGCCCAUAGACGUUGUUUGCUUCGUACUAGGGACACUCCAAUACCCUCCAAUGAUCCCACUCCUUCUGAUAUGCCCAAUCUUGGUCAUACCUCUGCUGUUAUCUCCCAUGUUCAACAUCAGAAUGCUAACCCCCCAUCUCCUGCUUCUCCUGCUGAUACCAGCAAUGGAUCCAGAAUCUCCCCUGGACCUUCUCCAUCUGAAGCAUCGUCUCUUCCAGAAGCCAUUAAAUCCAAACUAGCUGCUGCUUCCGCAAGGUACAAAGAAUCGAUCUCUAAGAGUAAACAAGGUCUUAAAGAGAAGCUACUUGCUCGCAACAACUCAGUGAAAGAACUGAGCAAAGGAGUACAACGUGAGAUGAACGCUGGAAUAGCUGGGGUUACACGGAUGAUGGAACGCUUUGAUAUUGCUUCAAAACGUUUUGGAGGGUCUACAACUUCCGGAUUCAACUUCUCAUUCAAAGGGAAGCGUGAAGAAGCAGAAGCCACUUCCAACAAUGGGAACAAAAACCGAAUCCCAUAAGCUUGCAGGGACGAGGAUAAGUUAAUCUCAGAUAAACCUAUAUUGCAAGCGAUGUAUAUUCUCAUGGAAUCAAGGUCUUCGCAUCCUGCAUUGUUCUGAGCUCUCAUGGUCUCUCUUCUCUCUCGUCUCUGUUUUUGCACUAAAAUAAGUAAAAUCCCUUCUGAGUAAUCUUUUUAUUACUCGAUUUUCAACUCCUAGUUGGAGUCAAAACUUUGUAUUAGUUAAUAAUUACAAAAAGGGGUUUUGUUAUAUGCUUUCACUCAGGAUUCGAUUACUCAUAUUAUUGCAUAUAAAUCCCAUAAAAAUAGAAAUAAAAGUGACAGCUUUAUAUU